CCCAAAUCUAUGAGGCACAUCAUCGGAUUUAGAUGGGUGUGCGAUUUUAUUAACUUUCCAUGCUCUGUUGCCGUGUUUCGGGAUCUGCACGAUCUGUCUUUCAACCACGCUUCCAAGGGGGAUGGGUAUGGUUGGUGGACCAUUAUCAACAAAAGAUCCCGAAGAAAGGGGGAGCCGAACUAUAUUACGGCCUACCCUUACCUCAGCUCUGAUCAUAACUGGAAGACGGAGUGGUUGUUCGUUCGUGUGCCGACAGAUCCGAAGCAUCCACAUUUUUACCGCCCUCCGAAGUGGUUUGUGACUCCUGAUCCUGAUAUGCGAAGCGUGGCUGCUCCGGAUCGGAACCAUCACCACUACGUGGAUCUCCUCCAGUGGUUUUUGGCUCGGGAGGACAACUACAAAUUGCCGUCCAACUGGCUCCCGAACCUCAACUAUAUCUUGCGGGAGGACAUUCUUGCUGUUGCCGGUCUCAGCAGGAUUUUUGACAGGGAGUACGGCUUUAGCUGCGUUGAUCCUGUGGUCUUGGGUAUUUCUUUGGAUCUGAAGACCAUUCACGACUCGGCCCCUGAUUAUAAGUUCGGGAAGGAGAAUCCUCGUAAUCCUCGUUUGAAGGAUUACGUGCUGUCUCCGUCGGGUGUCGCUCGGAUAUCUGAAGUUCGAGCUGAUCCGUGGGAUUCUGCCUCUUCUCCCGAAGCUGUUCCAGUGAAAGUCGUGCUCCCUGAUUUGAGGACAACCUCGGAUCCGGAUCAGCGCAAAAGGAAGAGCAGCACUCUUUUGAGGCCUUCUGCGCAUCCGAAGAAGGCGAAAGCUGAUCAGUCUUCGGAGAAGGAAGUGGUUUCGGAAGUCAUGCCUCCUCCCAAAAACCUCCUUCACUUCAUGCCCUUGCCCGGGCAGAAGUUGAAGAGUGUGGUGGUUGUGGAACCGCCUCCCGUGGACCAACCGCUGGCUGAGGAAGAUACCAUCCCUUCUCCGCUGAAGCCGUCUGCUGCUUUAGGGAUCGAGAUCCAGGAUAUAACCAAGGUGAUGGAGGCAAUUGAAGCCGACCUUGUUCCUGGCUCGGAUGUCCCUAUUGUGGCCGAGCAGAAGGAAGAAGCUGCUGACGUUUCUCUCGAAAGGGAGAAAAGUCCGGAUAAGGAGAUGGUGGAUCUCACCGAAGCUCACGUAGAGGUUCCCGAAGCUGAGAAGGAGGAACCCGAGCAGGGUCUGACGAGGAAGAGGCGUCAUUCGACCUUGGGCUCCACUUCGACCUCGGCCCUGGAUAGACUGAUCCACGCUGACCCUUGCUCGGAUGUUCCGCUGAAACGGAUCCCCGAGGAGGUAAGGGAGGCGAUGGCUCGCUAUGCCAGAGCUCCGGUUUUGGGGGAGAACCCCAUGGCUCACGUGGGAUCUUUGGUGGGUCCCGAAGCUGCACGGGAGAAUCUUCUUCGGGCCAACCCGCAGUGGAGGGUUCCUGGAGCUGAGGAGAGGAACCCAGCUAUGAUGGCCCAAUAUUAUCUGAAUGAGGCUGUUUUCUGGUCCUCGUUCGCUUCCGAGUGUAGCUCGGUUGAGGAAAGGCAGCUGAGGAGGUAUCAGGAGGCUUAUGCUCGUGAUAUCCCUGUCUUGGACCAGAAGGCUGGGCAGCUCAUGGCCGAGAUGGUGGACCUCAAGCAACUGUACCUUCAGUACAGUCGUGAGGCUAGGGAAGCGGCGGAACAGAUCGAGGCCGAAGUUGGGAAGCUCACUUUCCAAGUUGAAGAGGAUGCUGAAAAGAUAGCUUCCUUCGACAGGGAGAGGAGAGAAAUGGCUGCCAAGUUUGCGAGCGAACUUGAAGAAAAAGACAGUCUUCUCAAGGAGAUGACGUCUAAAUUUGAGGCGGCCAUUAAGCAGAGCCAGGAAGCGGAGGCGAGGCUUCAGCAGUUUAUCAAGCACCGGGAGAUUGUUCAGAAUCAAGCUGACAAGGUGCCCGUUCUCCAGCUGAAGAUCCGAGAGAAAGAUGCUGCCAUUCGGAAGUUGGAGCAAGAGAGAGUUGACCUCUACACUGCUGAUCAGUGUAGAGAGCAAUACUGGAAUGGCAUCCUAGGUGCUCGGCGGAUGUUCGCGAAGCAUAUGCCUCAUUUCCCUUGGAAUGAGAAGGUUCCGCUCUGGAUGAGGGCCCAGGAUCACUUGGUGGAGUGCCAGGCCGAUCGAGACGAAGCUGAAGCUGAACGCCAAGCUGCUCUUGCAGAGGCUCGGGCCCAGAAGGCGGCUUCCGAAGGUGAUACUACUGCUGGGGGUUCUUCGAAGGAUGCUCCUCUGGGGGAUGCUCCUGAGACUCCCAAGAGCUAGGGAUUCGGGCAGUCGUCUUCUUCAGAGUCGGUCGGUUCCAGUUGAGGACUUCCGAACAUGUGCUUGCCUUUCCCCCUUUUGCCUCGGCGCUGCGUUGUACUUAUUUCUUUUUUGUUUUCUUUAGUACUUCGGUAGGCCGGUAUUGUCUGUUGAUGGCUGCCGAUUUUAACUUGUUUCAUUUUGUUUUCAAUUUUUGAGGUUUUUCGAUGUAUUUGUACUUCCCCCAAAUAUUGAAUAAAAAAUGAAUGUUUGUUACUUGG